AUGCAACAAAAUAUUAGUGUUGGUCAACAACAACAACAAGCCUUCACUAAUUAUUAUGAACAACAACCAUCAUCAUCUAAUAACAAUAUAAUAACAUCAUCAUCAUCAUCAUUUAAUUCUAAUAUUAAUAAUAAUAAUAAUAAUAAUUCUAAUAGAAUGAAUCAAAAAGAAAUAUAUACAUAUAAUUCAGAUUGGAUGAUAUAUUCACUUUCAUGGUCAGUUAGAAGAGAUGAAAAGUAUAGACUUGCAAUUGGAUCAUUUAUAGAAGAAUAUAGAAAUAAAGUAGAUAUAAUUAAAUUAAAUAAUGAUAAUAUAUUAGAAAGAGUUGCACAAUUUGAACAUCCAUAUCCUGCUACUAAAAUACAAUUUCAUCCUUCUGCUUCUAUUAAUAAUCCUGAUUUAAUUGCUACUUCAGGUGAUUAUUUACGUUUAUGGAAUAUUAAUAAUAAUUCAACAACUACAACUACAACUACUAGUAAUAAUAAUGUGAAUAAUAACAUUUCAUCACAACAACAACAACAAACAGUUCAAACAGUACAAAAAUAUCAUACAUUUAAUAAUGAUAGUUCAAGUGAAUUUUGUGCACCAUUAACAAGUUUUGAUUGGUGUGAAUAUAAUCCUAAUAUGAUUGGUACUUGUUCAAUUGAUACAACAUGUACAAUAUGGGAUAUUCCAACAGGUAAAUCUAAAACACAACUUGUAGCACAUGAUAAAGAAGUUUAUGAUAUUUCAUUUAAAGAUGAAAAUAUAUUUUGUACAAUUAUCUUCAAUUCCAUUAAUGAAAUUAUCAGGUCAUUCUAA